AUGCAAGCGAGCCUUUUGCCGCAAGUCAAAACUGCCUUUGCAGCCAGCUAUCCUUUGCGGCUAGCUAUGGAGAGCGAUGAGGAGGCCGUGCCGCUUGCUGACAGAUCCAGAACUCUGCUUGCUGCUGAUCACAAGACAGCCCCUGGCUCUGUGGUGCGAAAAAGGCUGCUUUCGGGCUUAGGCGUUUUUUUGCUGGCCGCCUUGCUGUUCCUUGCCCCCAGGCCAAGAACCUGGGCGGGUAGUGAGGCGCACCACAUAGGCCUGUGGAACGAGGCCCUGGCCAAAGCGAAGCUCCAGCAGAAGGAGAAAGCUUCGUGUGGCCUGUACGGCUGCGGCAAGAUUAUAGUUGCAAGCAGCUGCGCAUGUCAUCCAGAGUGUAAGAUGGAUGGCACAUGCUGCGCGGAUUUUGAUGACGUGUGUAAGGUCAAGGGCCAGGACAAGCCCAAGGCAGAGGGCCGCCUCUGCAAAGACAUCGGUUGCUCCAACACGUACCUCUUUGAUCACAAGUGUCAGUGUACCCCGAGCUGCUUAGACUUCGACGACUGCUGCUCUGACUUCAAGUCGCACUGUGCGGCCAACCUCACCAGGUCUCUGGAGGUUGCCCCGCGCAAGGACCAGGAGCCACAGGUCGAAGCGAGCGUGGUGGUCAGCUUUAAGCAGAAGGUGCCCAAAGAUGCAAAGGAAAAGCACGAGGCUUUCCUGAAGGAGCAUGCUCACCGUGUGCAGCUCUUGCAGUGGCAGGCGGUGAAGAGCUGUCCCCCUCAAUUCUUGGACCAAACCUACAUGGAUGGAAGGCAGCUUGCCAAGUUGGCGAAGAUCUCGACUGCUGCACAUUGUCAAAAGGCUUGUACUGAAAACUUGCAGUGCGACGCCUUCGUGUGGGCAGCCAGCGGCACCUGUCUCCUGGCGAGCCUCGAUGGGGCCGCUCCCAUGAUGAUGGCACAAGAAGGCCUUAUAGCUGGGCAGCCGUGUUGCCGUGGCGCCAGGGAGGGCAAGGUCUUGACAGAUUGCCCAGAGCAAAUGGCUGACACAGAGCUGAGAACUAGUGCAGAUCUUCAGCAGCUUCAUGCAGACGAUGCUUUCAAGUGCCAGGAGGCCUGCACGAAGGAGCACGAAUGCGGCGCCUUCUCGUGGAGCCCGAAGGGGUGCGUGUUGAAGCGCCUGGCUCCUGAUGAGUCGCCCCGGAUGAUUCCCAAGGAUGGUGUGAUCUCUGGUCUGCCAUGUGGGUGCAGAGCCACGGCCGCAAACGCCAUGUGGCCCCACACAGAUGCAGAGAAAUUCACGAUGCCUUUGCCUCGCGGGAACAAGCCGACCAAGCCUGGCAGCUUGUUGUGCUUGGCGCUGAUGGUGCCCUACUCCUAUGAGACAGGUCUCAUUGUCAUGCAGUACAAGCACCAUGCCGGCAUCUUCGCCUGCGAUGAGUAUCAGGUCUACAGCAACCAGGCCAUGGUCCUUGCGCCCGGGCUGGAAACCAGGAAGGUCCUUAGCAGCCAAGAGUGUGAGGUUGGGGGUGAAUUCAAGAGCGCGCUGAAUCUGCAGAUCUUCACGGCAUUCUGGAGGCAGGUGAUCUCGGAUGGUCAUUACCUUCUCUACAACUGGGUCAUCAAGGCUGACCCUGACACCGUCUUCUUCGCGGAUCGCUUGCGGCCCAUCCUGCAAAAGCAUCAAGAUGGCUCUCUCAGCCAGAGUAGCCCAGGUGUUUACCUCAACAAUUGCAAGUUCGGGCUGCAUGGGCCGCUGGAGGUCUUCUCGCAGAGCACCGUACGCGCAUUGAGCACCAGCUUCUUAGGCUGUUUCCACUUCUUUGAGAAGUUGUGCAAUGGAGACUGCCAGUGGGGAGAGGACAUGUGGGUCGAUCAGUGCUUGAAGCGCUUCGUGCAAGCCGAGCGCCAUUUGGAGCCGAAGCUGCUGAUGGAAGCCCACUGUGAUCCAGACCCAGGCUGGAGAAGCUGCUCAGAUGCCAAGACAGCGGCCUUCCAUCCCUUCAAAUCUGUGGCAGACCACAUCACCUGCCAGCAAUCGGCUGAGCUCGCCGAGUUGGCUUGA